AUGUCCAAGCCACUACAGCACGUGCAGUGUUAUGACGCCUACACUCCCCUGGAAAAUAUUCAACGAUGUAUUCGCGAGGGCCAUCAUGUGUUGAUUUUGAUGCGUGGAGUUCCAGGAAGUGGAAAGUCAUUUCUAGCCAAGGAGGCUAUGUUGGAUGGAGUUAAGCCGAUCAUCGUUGACAAUACUAACAUUUACUCCAAUCACAUGGAGCAAUAUACAUUUCAUGCUGUUAACAACUAUUACGAAAUUUUUGUGCUAGAGCCUGAGACGUGGUGGAAGUAUGAAGCAUAUGAAUGCUUUUUACGCAAUACUCAUGGAUUGGAAAUGGGUAAGAUAGAGUUCAUGUUGCAGUCACUGGCAGAACAAGGAAAGCCAUCGUUGUCUCGUUUGGUGGGCAAAGGGCGACAAGUCAGGUAA